AUGUUACUGGUGAGGAAGGGUGAUCUUUUCCAAGUUAGAGGUGGAAUGCGAAUUGUUGAAUUCAAAGUAGUUGAUACAGACCCUGGUGAAUACUGUGUUGUUGCACCAGAUACAGAGAUCUUCUGCGAGGGAGAACCCAUAAAACGUGAGGACGAGGAGAGAUUGAAUGAAGUUGUUUAUGAUGAUGUUGGUGGUGUAAGAAAGCAAAUGGUUCAGAUCCACGAGCUAGUAGAGCUUCCUUUAAGGCAUCCACAGCUCUUCAAGUCAAUUGGUGUAAAGCCUCCAAAAGGUAUCCUGCUUUAUGGUCCACCUGGGCCUGGAAAAACACUAAUUGCAAGAGCUGUAGCGAAUGAGACAGGUGCAUUUUUCUUCUUGAUAAAUGGCCCUGAAAUAAUGUCAAAGCUGGCUGAUUCGAUUGCUCCGAAGAGGGAAAAGACACAUGGUGAAGUGGAGACACGUAUAGUAUCCCAACUUUUGACUUUAAUGGAUGGCCUCAAGUCCAGAGCUCAUGUGAUCGUCAUGGGGGCUACCAAUAGGCCAAACAGCAUUGACCCAGCUCUAAGGAGAUUUGGGAGAUUUGAUCGAGAGAUUGACAUUGGUGUACCAGAUGAGGUUGAUCUUGAAAGGGUUGCAAAAGAUACUCAUGGUUAUGUUGGUGCUGAUCUUGCUGCUCUUUGUACAGAGGCUGCUCUUCAGUGCAUUAGGGAGAAAAUGGAUGUCAUUGACCUAAAGGAUGAGACAAUUGAUGCUGAAGCGGCGUUCAUAAAAAUGCCGCUAAAUGUGGCAGACAACGGUAACAUGAUGCCACACAGACAUUCAGCGACGCUUCAAAAACGUCGUAAUAGCUUUUUUGUUAUUUUAAAAAUAUAA